GCUGAGCGGCUGACAGGCUGAGCGCAGGGGGCAGAGGGCAAAACCGACGCCAGGCUCCUUCACUUCCACCUCCUCCGCUGCCGAGCAGUGCGUAGCAGCUGACAGCUCCUGGCAGGAUGAUAGCGGCUCAGCUCCUGGCCUACUACUUCACCGAGCUGAAGGAUGAUCAGCUCAAGAAGAUUGAUAAGUACCUGUACUCCAUGCGAUUCUCCGAUGAGACGCUGAAGGACAUCAUGGGCCGCUUCCGCAGGGAAAUGGAGAACGGACUGGGCCGUGACACGAACGCCACAGCCACAGUGAAGAUGCUGCCCACCUUCGUCAGGUCCAUCCCUGAUGGAUCAGAAAAGGGAGACUUCAUAGCACUUGAUCUCGGCGGGUCAAACUUUCGGAUCUUGCGUGUCAAAGUGACACAGGACAAGAAGCAACCGGUUCAGAUGGAGAGCCAGGUCUAUGAGACUCCUGAUGACAUCAUCCAUGGGAGUGGGACACAGCUCUUUGACCAUGUUGCAGACUGCCUGGGGGACUUUAUAGAGAAACAGAAAAUAAAGGAUAAAAGACUACCUGUGGGAUUCACAUUCUCAUUCCCCUGUGUCCAAACCAAACUGGACGAGGCAGUCUUGGUGACUUGGACUAAGAAGUUUAAAGCUAGUGGUGUAGAGGGCGUGGAUGUUGUGAAACUUCUGAACAAGGCAAUCAAGAAACGAGGGGACUAUCAAGCAGACAUCAUGGCGGUGGUGAACGAUACAGUCGGAACUAUGAUGACAUGUGGAUUUGACGAUCAGCGUUGCGAAGUGGGAAUAAUUAUAGGAACGGGAACAAAUGCCUGCUACAUGGAGGAACUGCGCCACAUUGAUCUGGUGGAAGGGGACGAAGGCCGGAUGUGCAUUAACACUGAAUGGGGUGCCUUCGGGGAUGACGGAUCCUUGGAAGACAUUCGCACAGAAUUUGAUCGUGAGAUUGACAGAGGCUCCCUCAACCCAGGAAAGCAACUGUUUGAGAAGAUGGCCAGCGGAAUGUACAUGGGAGAGCUGGUCCGACUCAUCCUGGUGAAGAUGGCCAAAGAGGGGCUGCUGUUUGAGGGACGGAUUACCCCUGAGCUUCUGACCAAAGGAAAGAUUGAGACAAAGCAUGUCUCUGCCAUAGAGAAGACUAAGGAAGGUCUGAAGAAAUGUAUGGACAUCCUGACCAGACUUGGUGUUGAGCCCUCAGAUGAGGACUGCCUGGCCGUCAGACAUGUAUGCACCAUUGUGUCCUUCCGCUCAGCAAAUCUGAUUUCUGCCAGUCUGGGAGCUAUCCUCUCACGUCUAAAGGACAACAAAGGAGUGGCACGCCUUCGCACUACUGUGGGAAUCGAUGGUUCUCUCUACAAAAUGCACCCUCAAUACGCCCGGCGCCUGCACAAGACUGUACGUCGUUUGGUUCCAGACUCCGAUGUCCGUUUCCUGCUGUCCGAAAGUGGAAGUGGCAAAGGUGCGGCCAUGGUGACCGCAGUGGCGUACCGUUUAACCGACCAGGCGCGCCAGAUCCAAGAAACCUUGGCAGAAUUCAGGCUGAGCAAAAGUCAACUGCUGGAGGUGAAGAAACGCAUGAGAGUGGAAAUCGAAAGAGGCCUGAAGAAGGAAAGCCACAAGGAAGCUACAGUCAAAAUGCUGCCAACAUUUGUCCGAAGUACACCGGAUGGAACAGAAAAUGGAGAUUUCCUUGCUCUGGACCUCGGAGGAACCAACUUCCGUGUACUUCUGGUCAAGAUUCGCAGUGGGAAGAGGCGAACAGUAGAAAUGCAUAACAAAAUCUAUGCCAUUCCCAUAGAAGUCAUGCAGGGCACAGGAGAGGAGCUUUUUGACCACAUUGUGCACUGCAUCUCUGACUUCCUGGACUACAUGGGAAUGAAAAGCGCUCGGCUGCCGCUGGGUUUCACCUUCUCCUUCCCCUGUCACCAGACCAGCCUGGAUGCGGGUAUCCUGGUAACCUGGACUAAAGGCUUCAAGGCAACAGACUGUGAGGGGGAAGAUGUAGUGGAGCUUCUCCGAGACGCAAUCAAAAGAAAAGAGAUUGAAGAACCAGAAUUUGAGCUGGAUGUGGUUGCCAUAGUGAAUGACACAGUGGGAACGAUGAUGACCUGUGCAUACGAGGAGCCAACUUGUGAAGUCGGGCUGAUUGCAGGCACAGGAAGUAACGCCUGCUACAUGGAAGAGAUGAAGAACAUCGAGACAGUGGAAGGAACUCAGGGCCGGAUGUGUGUCAAUAUGGAGUGGGGGGCAUUUGGAGAUAACGGCUGUCUGGACGACAUCAGGACAAAAUAUGAUCAGGCUGUGGAUGAAAACUCCCUCAACGAAGGCAAACAGAGAUAUGAGAAGAUGUGCAGUGGAAUGUAUCUGGGAGAAAUUGUGCGGCAGAUUCUGAUUGAUCUGACGAAGCGUGGUUUCCUCUUCCGGGGACAAAUCUCAGAGACGCUCAAGACCCGGGGCAUCUUUGAGACCAAAUUCCUGUCACAAAUAGAGAGCGACCGCCUGGCUCUGCUGCAGGUCAGGGCGAUCCUGCAGCAGCUGGGACUCGACAGCACCUGUGACGACAGUAUUAUUGUUAAGGAGGUGUGCGGAACGGUGUCCCGCCGUGCCGCUCAGAUCUGCGGAGCCGGGAUGGCCGCUGUGGUGGAUAAGAUCCGUGAGAAUAGAGGACUGGACCACUUGGACAUCACCGUGGGUGUGGACGGCACGCUCUACAAGCUGCACCCCCACUUCUCCCGGAUCUUCCACCAGACAGUAAAGGAACUUGCCCCUAAAUGUGAUGUUACCUUCCUGCUGUCUGAGGACGGCAGUGGCAAGGGGGCCGCUCUCAUCACUGCUGUGGGCUGCCGCCAGAGGGAGCUGGAUGCCCAGCAACACUGAGGAGCUCUGUCCUGUUUGUCCACCGCAGCCACCUGCUGCUCCGCCACCCUGAUCUCUUCUCACACGCACAGCCUGACUCCAUCUCCCCUCGGCAGCCGUGACUCCCCCUCUGCCCCGCCUGCAGCCAGAGACGCGCUCCAUGGAUAGCUCUAAGCCUAAAGAUGCAGAUGUUUAUAACGCCAGAGGCUGUAUUGUUUCGCCGUUUGUACAUUUUCCUCAAUAGUUUAUCGACGCUAUAACUCUAAAACUCCUUAGGUGUGCAAUAUUUCUGUCGCUAACUUUAUUUUUUUAUGGAAGCAAAUAUUUAACUGUUUAUACAGCCACUUUGGAUCCAAGAUUCUGUGGAUUGUGCACCAUACACAAGCUAAUGUUUGCACUUUUUAUAGAAGAGCUUCGACAGCAGCAUUUCGUGCAAUUUACAAAUCCAAAACAUGAUUCCGGGUGAGUGAUGAAACUUCUUUUUAACAGCUUUAACCAACAGCUUUACAAAGGACUGGCUAAAUUAGGGUCAAACGCAAGAGUCACGGCUGUUCUGAUCAUCGUAAUUCUAUGUGCAACAUGUGCACACCAUGUGCUUAGGCUACUAACCUGUUUGUGUAACUGUCAUUGUCGCUUAUAUUUAAUUAUUCCUGCUGAACCUCAUCAUUUAUUCCUCAAGGGUGGACAAGGUAGAAAACAGAAGUGUUAGAGUAUAUUAUUGAGAUUUGUUCUUUACUUUUGCUGUUGUGAUGAAUCAGAAUUCUAUUCAUUAUGUGUGCACAGAAUAAAUGUUUUAUUGGGUCCUAACAGGAGAGAAUUUAAGAGCGCUUUUGUGUGUACUUGUGGCUGAGUGUCUGUGUGUCCUACUGUGAUGACAUGUAGCGUUCAAUGUUCAAAAGCUCUGUGGAGGUUGCAUGCCUUACAUCUACAGAACUGAACCAUUUUGAUUAUUUUUACUGCAUUUAGAGAUUUGUGACCAACACAUCUACAUACAGCUCAUUAAAUUAUAUUCUCUUGUGGAGUAAA